AUGCUAGUUCUUCACUUGAUGCUGAUGGAUUUGAUGGUCGUCCAUGCGCUCCGACCCGAGCAGGAUGCUGAGCCCUCCCAGGUGAUGUCAACAUCGAAAUCAGAGAAGUUUGAGUACUGCACAGUGCAGGAAAAGCACGCUGACAAUGAGUUCUGGGGGACCGGCUGCAAACAGUUGUCGCGGUCGGAUUGUAUGAAUUCGCGUGGCUACUGCCUUUGGAUCCCGAAAGAGGCCCAAACAGUGGCUGCGCAUUGUGAGAAGUAUAAAAAGCCCAACUUUGGGUGGGACUCCUGGGAACAAGCUAAGAAGAUCUCCAACUACGACCCGGGAUGCAAGCACAAGAAGGCGGAGAAGGGUUGCAAAGACCACCCACAUUGCCAUUGGAUCCCAGAGUACAUUUGGAUUCCUGGGCACUGCGAACCAACAUCCGACGCUCGAUAUUGCGACAACAUGACGGAGGAAGGUUGCUCGUUACAGAGCCAAUGUCAGUGGAUCAGGAGCACGACCAUCUGGAAGAAAUGA